AUGAAUCGUUAUACAUGUUUAUUAUGUACGGAACGUUUUUCAUCACCAUUAGAACUUAUUGAACAUGAAAAAAAGCAACAUGAAAAAAAUGUUUCACAAUAUGACUGGGGAUGGAAUUCAAUUGGAUUUAUGCAAUCGAAUCCCUAUGCUUUUAUAUUAGAAUUAGAAAAUGAUUUAAAACAACAACAUCAAAGAACAAAAACUGAAUCAUCUAAUUUUUUAAUGUCAAACAAUAGUUUAAGAAAAAAAACGAUUCGACGACGCUCAGCAUCUUCAAAUGAUCGAGCAUUAACAGUUAAACAAGAAGAUAUCAAACCUACUCCUCCAAAAGUAGCUUCAAAACGUAUCAAACGUGAGAUUCAUCGAUCAAAUACAUGUCCUGUUCUUGAUAUUAAACCUGAAAAGGAUGAUGUUAAAUCUGGUCAACGUAAAUCAAAACGUUUGCGUAAAUCUAACGUUAGUCCACCAUUUCUUUCACCUGAACGCACUACUGAAAUAAUUCCAAUAAAAAAGGAACCAAUUAAUACAAUGAAACGUUCUAUACCAUCAACAACCAACAAAGAUAUUAAUAAUCCUAAUCAAAUCAUUGUUAAAACCGAUAAACGUUAUUAUUGGUGUACAAAAUGUUCAAAAGUUUAUCUUAAUUUAAUAUCUCUCUAUACUGAAUCUCAUUAUCGUCAAUGUGUUGGUGAAGAUCAACAUUUUAAUGUUAUUCAAGAUCCAUCAUUUUUUACUAAUGAAGAAAUUGUUCAACAAUUACCAUCGAAUAAUACGAAUGAUUCAUUAGCUUCGGAUUCGAAUGAAUCAUUAAAUAAUUCUCGUAAAAAAGAAUCAAUAUUUUUUUCUAAAACAACAGAUGAUUCUCGAACAUAUUUCAUCAAUGGUAAACCAAUACGUAUGAGUACAAUAAAUCGACCAAUGACAGUAAAAGAUCUUCGUCAACAAUUUCAACAACAAUCAACAUUUACAACGAAUAAUCCAAGUGAAGAAUAUAUAUUUCAACAACGACAAUCACCAUCAAAAUCAACAACAAAUAAUCGUUCAUCACGUUCAAAUGAUAAUUGGACAAAUGAAUCAGUUGUUAAAAUUAUUCCAACACCACGUUCAUUUGAUACAUUUGGUAUUAGUUCAGAUGAAGAUGAAGAACAAGAAGAUGAAAAAUUAGAUAAUCAAGUUAAUACGAAACCAGAAAUUGAAAAAACACUUGUUAAACGAAGAUAUGAUUCGGAUUGUGCAUCAUCAACAAAUACGACAACAUCAAUUGAACAAGAUGAUAUAGAUAACCAAAAACAAUCUACAUCAAGGAAAAGUCAACCGAUAUCAACUAGACGAUCUGGAAAUGCAACAUCUGGAAAAUCACGGUCUAAUACUUCACUAAAACGAUCUGUGUCACAAACAAAUUCUAAUGCUAACUCAUCCUCAUGGAAACAAAAUGAUGAGAUGGAUCAACCAACUGAAUCUUCGGAAUCUUCAUCAACAUCUACAAAUCGUACUCAAAUUCCAGAUGCAUUACAAGAUUAUGAUCAUGUAUGUUCAAAAUGUAAUAUGCCAUUUGUUAGUCAAUCUUCACUUGAUGAACAUCAAAAUGGACAAUGCCUAGAAAUGAAUGUUCUUGCAUCAUGUGGUUCAUGGUUUCGUUGUCCAUUAUGUUCAUUGACAUAUUGUGAUGCUAAUCUUAUGUCUUUACAUAUAAAUAAAACACAUCGAGAUGUACUUAAAAAUAAUCAACGAUCAAAUUCUCAACGUCGAUCAAAUAAUCGUACUAAUCAAACAUUAACAACAUCACGAUCUGUUUCCUCAUCUGAACAUCAUCAUCUUCGUAAAUUUUCUUAA